CGUAUACACAAUCAGCCUAGCGAGCUAGCUAAUAAAUAGGGAAACCAUCUUACCUGCUCGUUCUCCUAAGAUUAAGCACCAACUCCUACGUUAGACGCUAUGUCCGAGACCCCCGUCAUUAACGACGCAUCCACAGACCGCAAUCCUUCAGCGCCAACGAGCGCGUCCCAUUGUUCCAGCUCAGGGUCGGAUUCGGUAGCUGAUUCCCCGGCUUCAUCACGUGGCCGCCAGCUUCGACGUUCCGCACCUCGCAAGGCCAAAAUCAGAGGGGACACUCCAUCACUUGUGCCAGAGAGACGUCCGCCGCCUUCACCGGCUUCUUCUUACACCUCCACGCACAACACGAUCCCCGCCAUCCAUAAAUGGACUGUCCAGGGCCUACGAUUGGCUCUAUCCAACGCGGACAUCGAGUUCCAUAGGCGGAUGACCAAGGCGGAGCUUUACUGCCUCUACGCUUCUUCCCUGGCCGACACCGCCCCACCAAAGUCAGCUCCGCAAAGGAGCACUGACAAGCCGGGCACGGCUCGUGGUUCCCCCUAUUCCCGGCCCGGGCAAUCCACCAAUGCGGCCCGUCGUGGCCGUCCGCCGGCAACCCGGCACAGCAGGCCCUCCGCGAGCGCAGGUACCGCCACGGAUCUCCCGGACGCCUCAAACCGUCCGGUCGAAGUUUUCCAGCAACUAGUCCCUCUCGCAGUAGGCCAGCUCCAACCUCCAGCCAACACCACGCCAGCAGUAAACACUGCGGGCCGCCCAAGAAACGUCGGCUCACCAGCACUCGGAGCUCCAGUGCUAUCCCACCCAUUCCCUGCCCCUGGCUCUUGGCCCACGGCACCCCCAUCGACCACUAGCGCGAGGCUGCCUCAGCUAGCGAUGCAGGUGCCGGUCAUCAGCCAUUUCACCGCCCCCUUAGAAGCCGCCGCUAGCGCGAGCAUGGCUCCGCUAGCCGCUCAGGCGGCUGCAAUCCCCUCCCUUUUAUCUCUCCCGCAGAGCAGAUCAGGCUUCACAUUGGCCACAGCGACAGCAAUGCCAGUGCCAAUCAACGCACCAGCGUUGGAACCGCCCCCCGUCCCAGGCAACAUCAGGUCACAGAUCUUGGCAGGUGCGGACACAGAUCUUUAUUUACUCCUCUCACCUUUAUCACCUCCGUCAAACGAGCGACAGAUCACUUACGGCGAUCUGUCGCUCACGCUUAAAAAUCAGUCACCCAACCACACCCGCACGCUUUCUUUCCCCGAAUUCAUCGUUGCUUUUUCCCGCUACACUGACGUGAUCUGCACUGCGUUCCCUCAUAGGAGACGCGAGCUGGGCGAUUAUCUCGCUAUCGUGGCAGAGCUCGCUCUCUCCUAUGGGGGCGCGCAUUUUUACACGUAUCACAGACUUUUCUCCGCCAAAUGUGCAAUUCGUAUAGCUCAGUGGAACCAGUGCCCCUACUGGGGAGCAUUGGACACUGAGCUGCAUAACAGGGUUUUUCUGGGCGUCCGCAAUAUUACAUGCGCGGUGUGUCGCUCAGUUGCGCAUACCACAUUAGAUUGUCCCCUAGUCACUCCCUCUCUUCCCCCACGCUCAGCUUCGCCUCCCCAGUCUACCUGCUCUGUUCCGCGCCUGCCAACCCGCCCAGUUCACCAAACCCAAGGGCAACCUGGCAAUUUGGAGGCUUGUAGGAAUUUCAACGCCGGAAGAUGCGUCAGGCAGCGUUGUCGCUUCCUGCAUGUGUGCUCAUUUUGUAGCGGAGCACACGCACGAAUCGUGUGCCCAUUGUCUCAAACGCAGAAUAAAAAACUAAAAAAUUACCUUUCGACUCCCGUGAACAUUUCUUGUUUGUCUUCAGAAUUGUCCUUGCACCCCGACUUUCAAUUCACUGACUAUCUUCUGACCGGUCUCUCGAACGGUUUCAACCCCGGCGUCGUCAGUCUUCCGUCACACAGCUUAAUAUGCCCCAACCUCCAGUCUGCGCUCGCCGAACCAGAGUCAGUCGAUUUCCUCAUUAAAAAGGAGAUCGACGCUAAUUUCAUUAUUGGCCCCUUCGACGCUCCCCCUUUUCCUGCAUUUCGGAUCAGCCCCAUUGGCAUAGCGACUCGUAAAUUCUCUGGAAAAAAGCGCCUCAUUUUCGAUCUCUCGUCACCACACGGCUCUACCUUCCCUAGCAUUAAUAGCCUCAUUCCGAUCGAGGAAUUUUCCCUGCACUAUCAUAACAUCGAUCAAGCCAUCACUUUAAUAAAACAUGCCGGUCGUGGCGCUUGGCUAGCAAAAGUUGACAUCACAUCAGCAUUUAAAGUCAUGCCAAUCCACCCAGACUUCUGGCACCUUUUCGGCAUUCGAUGGCGCAAUAAAUUUUACUUUUCUGUCCGUCUCACCUUUGGCUGCAGAAGCAGCCCAAAAAUUUUCGACAUGUUGUCGGAGGCAAUUUGCUGGAUUCUCUCUAACAAUUAUGCAAUUCCCUACCUUAUCCACCUACUGGAUGACUUUUUAAUCAUCUCGUCUCCCGACUCGUUUCCGGCUGCACAUCUAGCAAAAGUCCAACAGUUUUUCAAAAAUCUCGGCGUUCCCCUCGCCCCAGACAAAACUUCAGGUCCCAGCACGUCCAUCGAAUUUCUCGGAAUUAAAUUAGACUCGCUUAAAUUCCAGGCUUCUCUGCCGAAAGAGAAAAUCGAUAGAACGAUCUUGAUCGCGUCCUCCCUAUUAUCAAAUCCCCGCUGCUCAAAACGCGAGCUUCUGUCUGUUCUCGGCCAUCUAAAUUUCGCGAUGAGAAUAAUCCCGCAAGGUCGCCCGUUCGUUUCACACCUCCUCUCUCUCGCGUCAUCCGCACACGCUUUAGAGGACUCGUUAUCCAUAUCCAGCUCCUGCCUCGACGAGCUGAGCCUAUGGAUAAAAUUCCUCAGACAAUGGAACGGCUUGUCAUUUUUCUACAGUGACAUGGCCUCUUCCCCCGUCGAUAUUCGCCUAUUCACAGACGCCGCCCCUUCCGUCGGUUUCGGAGGCUUUUACCAAGGCCGUUGGUUCGCGUCCACCUGGCCCCCCCAGGUUUUAGAGAUCCCUUAUGCUUUAGCAUCCUCAGCUCUCUUUGAGCUAUAUCCACUGGUCGUCGCAGCAUCCCUAUGGGGAAAAGAGUGGUCAGCUUCCAGCAUAAUCGUGCACUGUGACAACGAGGCAACUGUUCAUUGUAUUAACAAAGGCCGCUCCCACUCCCCCGCCAUAAUGCCGUUCCUCAGACGCCUCAUCUGGAUCUCAGCCUGUGACCAAUUCAUUCUAACUGCCAAACACAUUCCCGGAUCAAAAAAUCAGAUUGCUGACGCCCUUUCUCGUUUUGCCUUCCAGAAGUUCAGGCUGCUGGCACCCGAAGCAGAUCCUUUGCCAACACCGGUACCUCCCUAUUCGGAGCUGAUAUUCCAGUUAACCACCCCCUAAAAACCCUCAUCGAUGCCUCUCUAAACUCCAUCAUCCAAGCCGUCUCCCUCAGGACCCUCCAAUCUUAUCUAACUGCAUGGAAAAGCUUCAAGUCUUUUCACCUGGCAUUCAACAUUCCCUUUCCCGAUUUUUCUGUCAUCACCAUCACCUCCUUCAUCUCCUUCCUAAACUCUUCAAAAAACCUCCAGGCCAGCUCAAUUAAAGGCUACAUGAGUGGAGUCCAGUUCUUCCACAAACUCAUAUUCAAUUCUCCUUCCGCAGCCAUAGCCAGCUCCCAAACAUCUAUGCUUAUCAAGGGCAUUCAACGUACCCAGCCUGCUCGCCAGGAUGCAAGGCAACCCAUAACCCUGGAUAUAUUGACCAGAUGCAUUUCCACCCUUCGUAAAGGAUACCACUCCAAACACGUCGAUCGCACACUCGACACCAUGUUUAUACUAGCAUUCUUUGGAUUUCUAAGAUGUUCAGAAAUUUCCACAACAUCCAUUUUCAACCCCCUAACCCAUCCAACGGUAUCCGACCUGUCAGUAGUCGAUUCAGAGACUAUGUCAUUUUCCAUUAAACAGAGCAAGACGGACCAAACCAGGAGAGGACAUUUCAUUUACAUAUUCAAUCUCCACUCACCAAUUCAACCUUAUCAGACCCUCCUAGCCUACCUCCACUUCAGGAAA